AUGGAGACAAGAAUCGGAAACCUCAUUACUAAUUUAGAUGUUCAAGUAGCACGCCAUAAGCAACAAUCAUCAACAAGUGCCAAUGAUUCCAGUUUUUUGAACUUGGUGGUAGGUAAUAGCUUGCAAUAUGAUGCCGAUAUGAUCCACAGAUUGAUCAUAUCCAAUAAUCUUAAUAAUCUCAAAGAGAAGCUCCAUGAAACAAAUAACAAAAUUUAUGAAGAACAAUUCCAGGCCCUUUCGUCGUUGAGACAUUUGAAUAAGGAAAAUGAAGAGGCAAAAAAGAAGCAAAUAGCAGAGUCAGUUACUGGAUCACAAACACAGCAGGAACACUCCAUCACAAAACCAGAAAUAAUUAGAGGCAAUGAGAAUAUCACAAGUGCCACGAGCAUAAAUCUACAAGAGACCGAAGAAGACGAUUUAACUCAGCUUCGCCAUCGUUUAUUGUCACGGAAAGGAUCUUCCCUCGUAUCUUCUAACUUGAAUAUGGAAAACCAAAAUGACAAUCAUCAGUUGCGACAGGACUCUAUAUUGAACGAUAUGAUGGGUCUUGUGGGUCAAUUCAGAGAAAACAUGAGUAGACUUAAUGAUAGUAUUGUCAACGACACGAAUAUAUUGAAUGACACAACCAAGAACCUAGAAAAGGUCGAUACUGUGGCGCACCAAGUUGGGAAAAAAAUGAGGGUAUUCAACGAACAGGGGAAAGUGGGAUUUUGGUUCUACGUUUAUGCGACUGGUGGUUUGGUAAUAGCUGUUAUUGUGAUGCUUUUAAUUAUCCGCUUGGUCCCACGCUCUUUGCUAUGA